AUGUGAAAACGAUACUCGAACCAGCGAAGAGACGUUCAUCCAGUUCUGGUUAAGAAAUGGCGGUACGUCUCAUCCUCACUCCACGCCACCCGCUUCUCCUCGCCAGUUAUCCAGUUCCAUCCAGAGCUACUCAGUUCCGCAGGUUCGCAGUUCAGAAUUGCGUCUCCGACUCCGGUGAGUCCCGCAAGCUCGUCUUGGAAGUGAAGGAGAAACUUGAACGAGAGUAUUCUGAUCUUCCUCUAGGCCGGAAUGGAAGGGAUGACGAAGAGAUGAUCCUUUGGUUUCUGAAGGAUCGGAAGUUUUCUGUUGAAGACGCUGUUGCAAAAUUAACUAAAGCUAUUAGCUGGCGUCAGGAAUUUGGCGUAGAUACAUUGUCCGAAGAUUCAGUAAAAGGAAUAGCUGAAACUGGAAAAGCAUUCGUCCAUGAGUUUCUCGAUGUCAACGACAAGCCAGUACUCAUAGUUGUGGCUUCCAAGCACUUACCUGCAGUGCAUGAUCCUGUUGAGGAUGAGAAACUAUGUGUGUUCUAUGUAGAGAAAGCUCUGAGCAAGCUUCCAACAGGAAAAGAAGAAAUUCUUGGAAUAAUUGAUCUGCGAGGUUUUGGUACUGAGAAUGCAGAUCUUAAGUUCUUGACAUUUUUGUUUGAUGUGUUCUACUCCUACUAUCCGAAACGGCUAGGUCAAGUCCUCUUUGUGGAAGCUCCAUCUGUGUUCAGACCACUCUGGCAACUUACUAAACCGCUACUAAAAUCGUAUGCCUCUCUGGUGAGAUUUUGCUCCGUAGAUACAGUCAGAAAGGAAUACUUUACUGAAGCAACGCUGCCGGCCAUCUUUAAAGACUGAAGGAUUUUGACAAAGCAACGGAUGCAUGUGUGGUUCGCUGCUUGCUGCUUCUGCAAUAUGGUGUGGAUGCUCUGGUGAAGAAAAUAUGGCACACAAAUGAAGAGGACUAGGCUUCUAUUUUUUUUCCCUAUGCUCUGAUUGGAUACGCGAUGAGGAGUUUGGAUAUUUUCAAAUAUGGGGCUCAGAUCAAUGUGGAGGUAAGCGAUCCCACUCGAACAACUUUCGAACAUAAGACGUUAGUUUCAUAUGAUAUCAAAUUACCACUAAACCUAAAAAAAUUGAACUACUUGAACUGAACUGAGGUGUGUUUACUUUUUAAAAAAAUAUAUUAUUUCAUGUAAAGAAAUGAAUGGUCAAGAUUUGCCCAUCUUCUGGCCUCCAUCCUUCA